AUGCAAUCUACUGUAGGUUACCAUCGUGGUACUGUGUCUACUCAGAUUGGCCCUGCUAGUCUUAUGGACGCUCCCUCUGUAUGCUGCAUUACGGACACGCGCGACCAUCGCAACAGCAGCGCUGGAUCUAGCCGCUACCAUUGCAAUAGGGCUUUUGUCGCCUCUGGAGCAUUCAAAGUCGCUGCGACCGUCGAUCUUACUCGGCGUUUUUCUCUUCUUCACAACAAUCUUGGACAUUGCAAGAGCACGAACAGAAUGGCUCCUCCCGGGCUCAUCCGCUACUUCCGCCGUAUUCGUAGCUGCACUGGCUAUCAAGAGCCUGUUGCUGGUUCUGGAAGCCCUUUCGAAGGCGAGCCACAGUCAUACGCAGGGCCCAGAUAUGCCAGAGCGGAGGAGCGGUAUCUACAGCCUUAG